AUGACACCAACGCACUUUGUCUUUGUGUUUCUCGCUUUAAUUCUUGUGAAUGCGAUCAACAAUUGCUACUAUGACGAGUGUGGACAUUGCACUGCGCUUCUGUGUGAUGGGUGCAAAACAGGUGCUUACAAAGACAACGCGUGGUAUUAUUGUUAUAAGUGUCGUAGAGAAUGUACCACAUGCAGCACCGAAUUUUGGUGUAAUACAUGUUCUGCUGGAUAUUUCCUUUAUUAUGUAGGUAGUGGUGUUCAAACAUGCAUGCCCUGUGCAAACAAUUGUAAGACGUGUUCUUCACUCAACCAGUGUGACACGUGUAAUGAUGGAUUUUAUAUGAACAAUGGCAAUUGCAUCAAAUGUGGGUUAAAUUGUAAAUCAUGUGCAAACAAUGACAUGUGCGAUGUGUGCGAAAGAGGAUAUACCAAUGUAAAUGGUAUAUGCACUUCGUGUACUACAACUACAUGUACAAAUUGCCAAAUAGGUACUUAUUAUGAUUCAUAUUAUGGUAAAUGCCAGUCAUGCCCUUAUGAAUGUACAAGCUGCACUUCAUCAUCAACGUGUAGUGGGUGUAAAGAAGGGUAUUAUUUGUCUGGUGCAAGUUGUGUUUUGUGUAAUUCCACUAUGACUGGAUGUUUAAAGUGUGGAGGAAGUGGACAGUGCACUUUUUGUUCACAACAUUACAGACUCUUAGACUCUGGAACUUGUAGCUCUUGCCCAUCUAAAUACCAAACAACAGGAGUGGACGAGUGCAGUAACAUGAACUACCCACGAAAUUGUAUGAGUGGAUAUGUCGACCCAUAUGACUAUUGCCAAAAAUGCCCAGAUAACUGCCACACAUGUACAACCAAUGACCAGACUUGUAACUCCUGUAAACCCGGAUUCUACUUUUCAAAUAAAGCGUGCCACGCAUGUUCUUCAAAUUGUGAAUUUUGUACAUCAAGCACGUGUGAAAGGUGCAAAGAGGGAUAUGUCUUGGAAAAUGGUGUAUGCAAUCCAUGUGGUAAUUACAAUGGAUGUUCUUACUGCUUGAAUGAGUGUAAACAGUGUAAUAGUGGAUAUACACUUUCAAAUGGACGAUGCGUUAAAUGCCAAAAUUGUAACAGUUGCAAUAGCACCAGCUGCUUUUCUUGUGAGAACGGAUAUACCUUUUCCUCUGGAAAUACAUGUGGGACGUGUUCAUCUGUUUUCAAUGGAUGUGAUACAUGCAGCACAACUUCUAAGAUGUGUACAAGAUGUCAAGACAGUUACACGUUCAAAACACUCAAUGGAGACUGUGAUGUCUGUCAGACGAUAUUUCCACAUUGCACCACGUGUAGUCAAACAAAGAGUGACUGCACGAUGUGCGACUAUGGAUACACUAAAUAUAAUGGGCAGUGUGUCUUAGCCGCAGAAGCUAUUGCACAUUGUGUCUUAGCUGAUAGAAGUGUUCUUAAAUGCUAUGGUUGUGAAAGUCCAUAUGUCAUUUCUUCUGAUUCUUUGAGUUGUGAAGAGUGUAGUUCUUCAAUUCAAAAUUGUAGAACCUGUGAACAAACAAGUCAUAAAUGUAAACAGUGUUCAAAAUUAUAUGGUGUGAAUUAUCAAGGACAAUGUGAGUUGUGUUCGAGUAAUUCUACUUUAUGUACAUCCGCUAUUAAUGGCAUUUGUGGUGAUGGGAAGUCUCCAUAUAAUGGAUUCUGUUAUGACUGUUCUGAAGAAUUUUCUGGAUGUAGCUCUUGUAGUGGAACAACAUGGGGAUGUGAAGAGUGCAGUCGAACACAAAAUUUGGUCUUAAUAGAUGGGAAAUGUUCAGAGUGUAAUAUUGAUAAUUGUACUAUAUGUAACAACAAGAAGUAUGAAUGUGAGACAUGUGCGAAAGGGUAUUAUGUGGAGAAUGGGAUCUGUAUUAAAGAUUGUGACCUUGAAGGCAACUGCUUUAAAUGUGGUAAAGGGAAGUGUGCAUAUUGUAGUGAAGGGUUUGGACUUAAUAGUCAGUAUGAGUGUAUACCAUGUGAUGAUACCAUUUGUGUAAAAUUUGCAACAAUUUGUGAAGAGGGGAUGUAUCCAUCUAAUGGGUAUUGUUACAACAAUUCUGUUUAUAAACCCGAGUGUGAAUCGAUGAGUAGAGUUUCAAACAGAUGUUUGAUGUGCAAUGAAGGUUAUGGAAAUGAUGAAAGUGGACAGUGCAAACCAUGUGAAAGUGGAUGUGAACGGUGUUUGAUCGAUUAUCAACAUUGUAAUGCGUGUAAGACUGGUUAUGCACUUCAAAAUGGAAAGUGUGUAAAAGAAGAUAAGAGUAUGUGCGACACAUACAAUGAAGUGAUUGGAUGUGAAGGGUGCGUUUCAUCAGUAAAGAAUGCGUCCAUGUGUUCUAAGUGUAGUAUCUCGGGGUGUUACACUUUCCAAAAUUCACAAUGUCUACAAUGCCAAGAUAAUUUUAUAUAUAACACAGAGUCGAAUAUAUGUCAACAAGUCAGUGGAAGUACUUGUAAGUAUUUUAAGAAGUCACAGUGCAUCAGUUGUAAUGAUGGGUAUUACCUUAACAAUGGAACUUGCCACAACUGUCCAUCUGCAUGUACCACAUGUCAGUACUCGGAAGAAGGUUUGAUGUGCUUGUCUUGUAUUGAAAGUACUUAUUUCUUGAAAGACCAUAAAUGCUUGUCGCUCAAUGAAUCGAAGGGGUGCACAAGAACUAGUUUUUCUGGAUGUGCAGAAUGUGGUAUUGGGUAUUAUCUUGACAACCAAGAGUGUCUUCCUUGUCAAUCCAAUUGCAACAAGUGCACAAAAACCGAAUGUUUCUCUUGUGCUAAUAACAUGAUUGUAUCUGGUACUACAUGUGAGACAUACAAUUUAUGUGUAAAAUCAGAUGGAUAUCGAUGUUCGGAAUGUCUCAAAGGAAACACCUUAAAUGACACCACUGGGCUCUGUGUAGAAUGUGUCCCUCAUUGUUCGCAAUGUGUUGGUAAAAAUUACUGCCUUAGAUGUGAAGAAAACUAUAUUUUAGUCUCUGACUUCUCUUCGUGUCAAGAGAGAGCAAUUGCUCCAAUCCUUUCAACAACAACUCGGGUUAACACAAACUACGACGGUUUGAAUCAAAUGGCCGUUUCUAUGUACUUUGGAUCAACUAAAACAGUGACUAAUAUGAACAAAGGAGCUAUAAUUAGUGUUAUUAGUAACUGUUUAAUGGAGAAUCAAAUAGGUUGUAAUAAGUGUGCUGAAGGCUUCUAUUUGCUGAACAACGCUUGUGAACAGUGCCAAGACAAUUGUUUGAUCUGUUACAAUAACAACGAGUGCUUGAAGUGCAAAAGCUCAUUUUUACUGUUGUCGAACUCGACUUGUGUUUCUGUGAAUUCCAUAGAAGGGUGUUUAACCCCAUUCUUAGAUGGUACUGGGUGCGCUGUAUGUGAAAAUGGAUACUUGUACAGUGAAAAACAAUGUGUCAGAUGUGCAGAGUCGUGUGGCACAUGUUUAAAGGACGCAAGCAAUUGUCUCACCUGUGCUAAAGGUUACUUUAGAAACAACUCGAUCUGUGUGAGUCUUUCCACGAUUCAGUUGUGUGAAGAAGUUGGCGAGUCUGGAUGCCAAAAGUGUGCAGAUGGCUACUUUGUUGAAAAUGGGUUGUGCCAACAUUGUGACGAUGGGUGUCAACUAUGUAGUGGAUAUUCGCAAUGCACUUUAUGUACCGAAGGACUUCUUUUGAAAGAAGGGUUAUGUAAAAGUCUUAGUAGUGAUUCCACGUGCACUUCGGUAAAGAAUGGAGUGUGUCAGUCAUGUAUGGGUGGGUACAAAUUAGUCAAUGGAGAGUGUUUUAAAAAGAGUAAAAAAGCACUUGUAGCGAUUUUAGUAGUAGUGAUUAUAGUCGUCAUUGUGGUGUUAAUUGCGAUCAUUCUGACUGUCGCCUUUGUCCUUCUAAGAAAGAAGAAAAUGUUGAACAUUACCACUUUCAAAAUCGACAGAUCUAAUGUGAUAUUUAAGAACAUCGAGAAUACAUGCAUCUGUAUAAACAAGAUGGUUGUGCGAUUCAACGAAGAUUAUGAGUUCAUUCCAGUCGGAGUUGAAUCCAAGGAAUUGUUGUGUAUUGGAAAUACAGGAAAAGAUACCAUCAAGUUGCAGUUGUCUAUUGUGGAAUUGGAAAGAUGCGAAAUUGAAAUAACACCAAAAAUCGUCUGCCUAAAGGCUGGAGAGGCUUGUGAGUUCUCUUUGGCAAUAACUCCACUGUGCACUUGCUCAAUCCAAAAUCCAAUUAAAAUCAUCUUCGUCGACUUGAAAACAGGGAAGGAGAAAACAGUUCAAAUCAAAGUCGAGACACAGACGGUUAUUACUUCCAAAUUGGAUUAUUCUGAGAUCAAAGAAGACUUCAAACUGGGUGAGGGCUCCUUUGGUGUAGUGUACAAAGGAAAAUUCAGAGAGAACUGUGUUGCGAUAAAGAAGUUAAAGAAUGUCGAAGAUGGUGAAAAUGUCAUCGAAGAAUUUGAGAAAGAGGUGUCGAUGCUGGACAAGUUCAGAAGUGAGUACAUUGUCCAUUUCUAUGGUGCAGUAUUGAUACCGAAUAGAUUGUGUAUUGUCACUGAAUUCUCUGAAUUUGGAAGUCUCUCUGAUAUGAUGUACAAAAGAAAUAAGAAAGGUAUUGAGACAAAGCUCAAAGUCAAGAUGCUGACUGAUGUGACUCGAGGAAUAUCUUAUCUCCAUGAAAAUGGUGUUUUACAUAGAGAUAUUAAGCCAGAUAACGUCUUGGUGUUUUCGAUGGAUUUGAACGAGAAAGCGUGCGCCAAAUUGACUGAUUUUGGGUCAUCAAGAAACAUUAAUAUGUUGAUGACAAACAUGACGUUCACAAAGAGUGUUGGCACUCCUGUUUAUAUGGCACCCGAAGUGCUAAAACAAGACAAAUACAAUGCACCAAGUGAUAUUUACUCAUUUGCUAUAACAAUGCUUGAAGUGCUCAUGUGGGGUCCAAUUUACACAAAACAAGCAUUUAAAUUCCCAUGGAACGUUGCUGAGUUUGUAGUUGCUGGUAAAAGAGUUUCUCGCCCUGAAGAAGUCGACGAAAGACUCUUUAACAUAGUCGAGAAAACAUGGAACCAGUUUCCAAAAGACAGACUCAUUGCUCCUGAAAUUGUGAAGGAGCUUGAAGCUGUUUCUGUUGUGCUUUAA